CCCUCACCGCUGUGCUGGACGUCAUGAGCAUAGUAAUCCCUCUGGGAGUCACUACACCAGAUACGUCCUACUCAGACAUGGCUGCUGGAUCAGACCCUGAGUCAGUGGAAGCAAGCCCUGCUGUCAAUGAGAAGAAUAACUAUUCCAAUCACAGCUGUGGGAACGCUCAGAAUCAUGGGUACCGGGGAUUACCCUAUGCUGAUCACAACUAUGGUGCACCCCCUCCUCCAACUCCACCAGCGUCCCCACCUACACAGACCAUCAUUCCUCGGGUGGAGCUCAAUGGGGUGCGCUCCCGGUACGAGGACAACUCGGCUGACAGUGACAGCUCCUCCGACCAGGAGAAUUCAUCCAACUGGUGUCACUGCAGCCUGACUCAGGAUGGCUUUCUUAUCAAAUGUGAAAACUGCAGGGGCUUGGACCGGAGGAAAGGUGUCAACGUUCAGCGCAGAAAACAAGAGAAUGAAUCUGGUGGAGAAAGCAGUGCCACAGAGAGUGGGGAUGAGGAGGUGUCGCCAGCGACAGUGUCUUACACUGCCACUCAGCACACUCCAACCAGCAUUACCCUCACUGUCAAUCGCGUAAAGAGAACCAAACCCAAAAAGAGGAAGAAAAGCACAGAGAAAGUUCGCAGCGCGCCUAAAGCAAAAAAGAUUAAGGCUUUCCGAGAGGGCUCUAGAAAAUCCAUGAGGAUGAAGAAUUCUACAACUGAGGCAAAUACUUUGGAUGAGAAUACCACAGAGGGCUGGGAGACACGGAUCCGGCUAUGGACAGACCAGUACGAAGAGGCCUUCUCUAACCAGUACAGUGCUGAUAUUCAGAACUUGCUUGAGCUGCACCGCAUAACCAGCAAAGACUCUGUGGGCAAAGCAGCAGCAAUGGACACCAUUAACAAAACUGAGCUGGCUUGUAACAACACUGUAAUUGGAUCUCAGAUGCAGUUACAGCUCGGAAGGGUGACUCGAGUGCAGAAGCAUCGCAAGAUCCUGCGAGCUGCUCGGGACCUUGUUCCAGACACCCUAAUCAUAGAGUACCGAGGGAAGGUCAUGCUUAAGCAACAGUUUGAAGUUAACGGGCACUUCUUUAAAAAACCUUACCCUUUCGUGCUGUUCUAUUCUAAAUUUAAUGAGGUCGAUAUGUGUGUGGAUGCCCGAACGUUUGGCAAUGAUGCAAGGUUUAUAAGGAGGUCUUGCACUCCAAAUGCAGAGGUUCGACACAUGAUAGCUGAUGGGAUGAUCCACUUGUGUAUUUAUGCUGUCAAUCACAUUUCAAAAGAUUCCGAAGUAACCAUUGGCUUUGACUAUGAAUUUAACAGCUGUAAUUAUAAAGUGGAUUGUGCCUGCCACAAAGGGAACCAGAACUGCCCAGUGCAGAAACACAACUCGAGCCCAAUGGAGUUGCUUCCUCCCCCACCCCUCCCCCCAGUGCCCGCCCAGGUGGGGGCAGAGACCAGGCGCAGGAAAGCCCGGCGAAAAGAGCUUGAGGUCGGAAACCAGGGGAGCAUGUCGGACGAAAACAGUAACCAGCAGCCAGAGGACCCAAACGAUUCCAAAGAUCCCCAGGGCACCAUUACUGGAACAAGUGACACAGAGUCGCGUGAAGACCGGAAGGCAGAGGCAAUCAUGCAUGUUUUUGAGAAUUUAGAGAAAAGGAGAAGAAGGAAUAUUCAGAGUCAGGACAGGUGCCUCACUGCUUCUGGUGCAACUUCCAGUCCAGUAAUACCAGUGGCUGAGGAGCCUAAACUGGAAACCCUUGAGUCCGAGGAUACCAGCAUCCCUUCAGGUGGGACACAGCCCCCCCAGAACAGUGGGGUUGGAGUCAGCACACGACGUUCCUCCUACAACAUGGAAACAACUCCCGUAGUGGAAAAGGCUCCUGCCAAGCCAGCUCCAGCCAAAACCUCGAAGCCGAGGCCCAAGAGCCGCAUGUCCCGAUACCGCUCCAGUUCUUCCCAGCGUGCCCGGCGCCAGCGCCAGGCCCUGGCGCAGCAGGCAGCGGAGCACAGCCAGGGGGUGUCAGAGGAGGGCAUUCCUGGGGGUCCUGGGGCUGAACCUGGGGCUGCCGAGGGGGUUUUGACAAGUGGUCAGCCCCCAGAUUCAGACGGAACAGGGGGUGCAGCUUCUGGAGCGCUGGGAAACAAAGGACACCUGCGCUAUCCUAAGACUAAAAAGUACCUGGUUACUGAAUGGCUAAAUGAUAAGGUAAUGGAGAAGCCUGAAUGUCCAAUUGACCGACCUCUGCGGAUUACCACAGACCCGACAGUGCUGGCCACUACUUUGAACAUGCUUCCUGGUCUCACCCACUCACCUCUCAUCUGCACUACCCCCAAACACUACAUUCGUUUCGGCUCACCAUUCACUCCCGAGAGACGCAGGCGUCCUGUUAUCGUGGAUGGCACUUACGGCUCCUUUAAAAAGCGUUGGAUCAAGCAAGCUUUGGAUGAAGGCAUGUCUUCAAAGAAUGCAGAGAAUGGGACAGAAUCAAACUCCUCACACCAAAGUAGUAGCAUCAGCAGUAACAGUUCCAACUCGGGUGACACAGAACUGACAGCCCCCUUUAAGAAACGGAAGUCCAAGUUCACCCCAGAGGUGAACGCCGCAGACCUGCUCCAGCCGCUGUCGCCAAUCACCCCACCCCCGCCCUCCUCGGACACCAUGAGCCCUCUGCUGGCUGCAUCCUGCGCUCUCAUGUUGGAUGAAGAAGAGAGGCGCAAUGGAUACAGUCUCCCAUACUCUCCCCUUCACUCCCUUUCUGCUAGUCGCUGUAAUACCCCAUUACAGUUUGAGAACAUAUCCUCCCCUGAGAGUUCCCCUGCGCAUAGGCCCGAGUCCCUGUCACCAGAGCCUUGCCUACGAGCAGAUUUUGAUCCAUCCCGGGUUGUUUAUCCUGAGCUUUCCCUUUCUACCAGUUUGGAGAGCCCUGUGCUCCCAGCCACAGGAGGAUCUGAGGAGUUUGCUCCUGUGCAGGAUCCCCUGGGUGCUCCUGGCCCUCUGAGUGGGGUGUCUGAUGCAGUGUUUGGUGGCAGGAGUCUGGAUAGCCAGGCACAGACAAGAGAGCAAGCCCUGAGAACGGAGUUUAAUCUCAUAUAUGCCUGUUCACCAUUGAAUGCUAAUCUGGGAUCAGGAAACCUCACAGAGGGAAUAGGCAGGGGCUGUGCUGGCGACAGGAGACAGUCACUAUCAGAAGGGAGUUUCUCGCCUGGAGAAUCAUUUUUUGGUCGGACAAGCCAGUGCCUCCUGUCUGAACCAGGUCAAGAUUCGAUGUCACCUUAUGGAGACAGACAGUAUGGUUACCCUGACAGUGGGACACCCCCUCAUCCUCAUAACCCACCACAGAAAAAGAAGGUCUCUCUCUUGGAAUAUAGAAAGCGGAAACAAGGCGUGAAGGAUUGCUUCCCAAGUGAGGUCGUAAAUUCAGUGGGCACACCGACCAGACCAAACACUCUUUGUAGCAGCAAUGCAGACUCUCCCAGCCUCCAGAGGACAGUUUUGCGGACUCCUGUAUCCCCUCAGAGUAGUUUUUCCUCCCCUGUUCACCCAUCCAUCCCCCAAAUUGAGGAGAUCAGCCCCCCUGAUCCCAACUCUGGCCAGUCCAUCAACUCGCAAGCCAAAACCCAGGACACAAUCGGUAGCCACUGGAUGGUUCCCACGUUAGUGGAGAGACUGCGAGAGGGCCACGGAGUGCUGGAGAGGGUCCUCCGAGGCAUGAAGAUGGAGCGGGCGCCGAAGCGAGCGGAGUACAGCUCGGGAGACAAAGACUCGGAUCCUAAUGAAGGCGAGUGCUUUGAGAUGCAGACGGUUUCCCACUCUCAAGGAUCCCCCAUCCACAGCCCUCAGAGAUACAGCCACAGUCCCUCGCUAUACAGCCACCAGUUGCAGCCACUUUCUGACGGGCACCAGGCUGAAACACCAGCUUUUCUCCAGCAGAACAUGUCACCAUUCCGAGGUCACGGCAGCUCCUACAGCCAUUCCUUGCCUUCGCCUGGACAUGGCUACAGGUCUUCACACACUCUGACCCAAGUGACCACAAUCCAGGAUGUGCCCCAGCAGUCUGCGUCCUACACCAGCCCCGCCAGCUCCUCCUCUUCCUCUUUGGACUCGUCUGUGGCUAGCCUGAGUGGAAAUUCUCGGCAUACAAGUAGCAGCCAACAUCUUUCUGGGAUUACCAUGCAUUCGUUCAGUGGGAGCCCUUUAAAGGCAGGCCUGUAUAAUAGCCUGACCAUGGCAGUUCCUGCCUCCCCGUUAUCCCAAGGCAACUCUAAAACUGUUACUACAGAUUCCGGUGUGGCUUUGACAGUCACCAAUGCUGCUUCAGUUAACCCAACCUCAGUUUCUCAUAGCUCCAGACUGUCUCAGUCUGGGUUACGAACCUUAAGCCCUAGCAGUUCCGGGCAGACUGUGUUACCAACACAGCACUACCAACAACGCACGACUACCAUCAACCAAUUCCAGCACCAACAAAUCCAGGGAUCCGGAGUAAGGACUCAGUCGGGAAGCUAUUAGACAUUAUGUAAUUAACCUGUGGAGUCUUUGGGGAAAUAUAAACAAGGAUCAAGGACUGGAUUGCAACCAGGACCCAUAGACUUAGCCUUUUGGCAUUAGUACACAUGGGCCUUGAUGAUGUCAAAGGAUUAAGAAAACGAUCAUAUACAAAUUGAAAUAAAAUCCUUCUGUUCCCACAAAUGUACAGUGCACAAAGAGAAAAAUAAUGCAAAGUUAUUGCAAGUACCUGUUGUUUAGGUACUUUAAAAAGCAGAAAUAACUCAAAGGAGUUUCAGUUAGGUAUCUAUGAUUUGGUUUAUAACCAAAAUAUUAGUCAAGUCGUGCAGUAAAGACAAUGUUUUUAUAUGUAAAGUUGAAAGAAAAAUAUAUUUGUAUCAUCGGUUAUAAAGAUGCAGGGGAAUUUGACGGCACGAGAAGAUUAGCUCCUAUAGACGAUCAUUCCAUAUGAUUGCCAGCUUUUUCUCACACAAUUAUACUGUAAUAUUCUGGAGUUAGAAUUUUUUUUAUUUAUCUAAUUUUAAUUUCAGUUAUAACCAUUCUAGGCUAGCUAUAAAGUACAUGACUCGUUCAAACAUUAUAAUCCACGGUGCUGCAGUGACACUUUGAUCUUUUCCACACAUUCAUGCUGUGAGUCCCUCAAUAUCUUUUUAAUUGGAAAUAGAUUUUUUUUUAAUUUAUAGUGACUGUUACAAACUUUCCAGAUGUUUAUAUGAUUGUGGAUAGAGGGGGGAACAGGUUUUGAAACCUCUCAUGUGGAGGUUUUUGGCAAUUCAGAUUAAUAACUUUUGUCUCAUCCCCCCCCCCCCACCUCAAACCACGCCAUCCUACACAGUACAAUGUAAAAGCAAAGGGUUAUUUGGAUUAAAGCUGCUGUCUCCUCUUUUUUGUGCUGCUUCGAACAGAACAGAUUAGAUUCCUCGGCAUUUGAUUGAACAGCGUACAUGGAAAUUCCAAAGUGGUGUACUCUGAGUAUUGGGGACAAUUGAAAAUGCUAAAAUUGUCACCCAUGAUCAACAAGACAAAUCCAUUUGACUCAGAAUCAUGACGGUUUAUCCAAAUGAGGGUUUGUUCUUUACCUGUUUGACAAAGGAAUGACCAGUACAGAAAUUGUUAAUUGGUAAAGAGAAUAUGGGUGCUAAUAUUUGAUUAUUGUAUUUAGCCUGAAUGAUAUAUAUAUAUAGUCAAGCACCUCGGCUUUUUGUUAUGUGGUCAUCUAUCUCCUAUGGAUGUAGAAAAAGGGUACUUAUUGGUUACAUGAAUGUUCUCAUGGUGGAAUAUUUCAGCAACUUUGAGACUCCUCCGUGACCCAAAUACCAGCACCUUAAUUAAAUCCAUUAUGUAUGAUUGUGUACAUGUAUCAAUGUGUUAUAUACUGUAGGUAGAAAUAUAGUACACUAAAUUUCCAGCACCUUCUCCAGUUUCGUUCUGAGGGUUAAAAACUGAAGGAAAUGGAAACUGCGCUGAAUCGACAGACUUCUUUUGUUGUUUUUUUUUCCAAUUGUAGUACCUGACAGACAGUACUUUAAAAGAGGAUACUGCAUUUUUAAGUCAAAACAUGUUUUUACACAGAGCUAUAACCAUUUGGACUUUCCAGAAAAGAAGAUAUGUAAUAAUUUUUGAUAAUAAAAUACUCAUGGUGAUAAUCAAUCAUAUUUUGAAAAUGACAGUUUUGGUAUUUUUUUCUAGUAACUUUUUAAUGCAGAAAUACUGAAACCGUAAGAUGCAUUAUUCACAAUAUUACUUGACAAUUCUACUGGGUUUUUGUAUUUUUAUUCUUCUCAGUUGUGUCAUGAUGCAAUUCAGAAUUCUCAGUCUACUCAUCAGGAAGCUUUUUUUCUAAAACUGUCUAUCCAAAAGGUUUUUGGGUUACCAGCACUAAGGCCUAACCAACACAUAUGCUGAUGUGAGAUGUUUCCAACCCUAAUCCCUGACCCACACACAUGGGUUUUGUUUCCAGAUGAGCUCUGUUAUGUAACUGGCUUUUAAUAAGUCUUUUUCAGUUUCUGAUCAUUUUGGAGUUUGCCUUUUAAAUAUUGCAUUGCAUAAAUAACCCGAGAUUGACUUGUUAGUUCAGUUGAUCGGUUAACAAAAUAAAGAGCUCAAUUGGAUUUUUUCAGUUUUUACACAGAGCUAUAACCAUUUGGACUGUCCAGAAAAGAAAUAUCAUUAAUGUAAUGUAAUGACAUAACUUUCAAACAUAACCAGCCCUUUCCUGGAGAGCCAAUGUGUCUGCAUACACCUGAAUAUAAUGGAAAAGUUGUUAAAAUUGUUCAGUUAUUCCAGUAAUGAGCUGCUGAACCGGAAUGUUUUGUACCUUUGCAGCAGUUGGUCUAUUUAUCAGAGCACAUCAAGAUUGGUUUUGUCAAACAGAA